AACUCUCAAACUUUUUAAAGCCAUCUGAACUAUUUUGGUUGAUAUUUGAGGCAUUUUAAAGAUGAGCUGCCGAGUUUACUUGGGAAGACUACCGUAUGGCACGAGGGAAAAGGACGUUGAUAAAUUCUUUCGCAGCUACGGAAAACUGCGCGAAGUUAACUUAAAGAACGGAUAUGGAUUUGUGGUAAGGCAUUUGUAAUCUUUUCUUGUGUUCAUCUUUAAUUAUCAUGCUGAGGAUGCGGUUUGAACAGAAUGCGCAGUUUGUUUGUUGAAGCACAUGUAGAGAUGGGCUAUGGCAAAAUUCGCGUUGUUCGUUUUCAUUAACCAAUCGCAGCCGAUUUUUUAUUGAAAAACUACAGCUCGUCAGGUUGUAAAGAGAGACUUUUGAGAUGACUGGCCUAAGUCAUACCUAAUAAAUUUUUAUGCUUUCAGAGCUGAAUAUUUUGGUCCGACCUUUGCCUAAAUGUAAUUUCUUUGUUGCCUUAUUGUUUUGCUAAGGGAAUCCCACUAUUCAAAAUGAAAUUUUGUACAGAUGGCUCAAGUAAAUUGUUCAUACCAACAAACUUGCAUAGGCCCCAUGACGAAGAGUAAUUUGUGGUUUGAAACAUUUUCAAGUUUGCAAAUGUAUAAUGUUUUCAGUCAAAGGAAGAAAAGUUUAAUGUUUAAGUUUUUUCUCAUAGCCUACCAAGACUCCAAAGGAAAUUGUAAAUAAUGAUUGUUAAUUAGACAGGAGACCUAUUGCAACUUUAGCCUAACAUUUUGCAACACUGGGAGAAUAUUACCAGAAAAAUUUCCUUUAGCUCUGCACACUCCUUGCCUGAAGCUCCAUGGAACCAAUUGUAGUUCACAUUUGAGAAAAACUCAUCAAUGAUAUAUAUUACAAUGCAUAUUUUUAUGUAUUUUACAAGUUAAAAAGAGAAACCAGGUAAUGGAUUAAAAUGGAAUUUCAGUGGCUCAUUGUGCCAAAGAGUUAAUACAAAGUUAAACUUCUUCUAUGACACAUCCUCUGUGGUUAUCCUUUGUAAAUUGAAUGUGUGUAAAAAAAAAAUGUCACAGAGAUGCCAUAUUCUCAUCAAUUUAACACACACCUGCCAUUAGCAUAUAGAGUUUUGUCAGAGAUCCUUAGUAGCUAAUCUCCAAGGAGUUCAGAGGAAACUUAUUGAAUGGUCCUAUUUUUUCAGGAAUUUGAGGAUCCGAGAGAUGCAGAUGAUGCAGUUUAUGAAUGCAAUGGUAGAGAAAUGAUGGGAGAAAGGUGAGCUUUUUGAGUCAUUGAGAGAUUGCUCAUUGAUACACUCAAAGAAGUGUUGCUAGUUUCUUGAAAAUGUAUCAAUUUUUUAGCUGCAGAGAAUUAAUUAGGUCUAUAUUUUGAUUGUGUGCCUUGCAAGUUGAUUUCUUUCCUUUUUAUAUUCAGAAUUCUGGUGGAACAUUCUCGUGGGACUGCUAGAGGCUUUAGCAGUGGUCGCAAGUCAAGAGCUAGAGAUAAGUGAGUUCAGUUUAGUUCUUUUCAGAUGGUAGCCAUAACCAACCCUUUCCUCUCACGAUAGUAGUCUUUUCCAAGAAGCAAACUUGUCAUCAGGAAAGUCAACAAAAGAAGCAAGUUUAAGAAUCACAGUGCUGAUAAGGAGGACAUUUUUCCUCAGAGGAUACUUUUUAAUAUAUGAAAUUUUGGAACAAGCCAGAUCAAUUUAGCUUUUCAUACAUGCCUGCUGUCAGCAUCUCAACAAGAAAAGGAAGAAAGUGAAUCCAAAUAGUAACACAGGAAAUCAUCUUUUUCACAUCAUAUGAAGGACUCAAUUUUGUGUGAUUUACAUUACUGUUUUGCUGAGGAUAGUAACUAAUAAUAGAUGUACUUGUAAGAUAAUUUUUAUGGAUAAAAUGUUCUCAAAAUUAGGAGGUUGUUUAACCACAAUUUUGUAGCUGUUUGUUUCACCAUCCCAAUUUUAUGGCAGGGUACUGUUGUUGCAUUUGAUCUUUAGAAUGUCCAUCAUUCAAAAUGAUGAUGCUAUGAGACCCAUCAUAACACAAUACUCUAUCAUAAUAAUGGGUUUACAUCAUUAUCAGCAACCACUACCCUUUUGAAAAGUUAAUGAUAAACAAUAUAACCAAGGUUGUUUGUAUUACUUUGUUGUUAGAUAUGGUCCACCUGUAAGGACACCAUGGCGAAUCACUGUUGAAAACUUAUCAACACGAAUUAGUUGGCAGGUUAGUGAGAAGUAAAGGUGAACUAUCAAAGAAGAUGGUUUUUUUUUUUUAAUUCUUUUGAGUUGAUUGGGUGAAUGAAAUGUCUUAAGUGCCCAUUAGUUUUCACCUCAAACUGAACUAUGAUUCUAGUUUGGCAUUUAACAAGUUAGAGUGGAAAACUUGAGAUUUUGUGUAGGGUUAUUUUGAAUUUAUUUUUUUUGUUAGCACAUUCAUGUACAUUGUAAUUCACCUUAUCAACUCAGAUGAGUCUGCAAGGGGUGGUAAAUUUAUCUGCAGGACAGAUGGAUGAGUGUUAUAAAGGUUGUUGCCCUCUUAUUCCAUUGGUUACUGAACAAUAAUGUUUUUUGAGUUUGGUUUACAAAGCUGGAUACAUAAAGCAACAAUUGUGACUUCCUCUUUUUUUUUAACUCAGUUUGAGUCAUAUCUAAUAUUGAGUUUGGAGUUCAUGAUGUUGGUAUUUUUAUUGCAAUGGAGUGGGAAUAGUCAGAGGGUUAAGUACCAUUUGCUCUAAGAACUGCAGGUAUUACUGGUAUUCACUGCAUUGCCUUCAAAUAUUUUCAGUUGCAAGAUGCACUUGUGAUGAGGGUUGAUGUGAGGGUAGUCACAGAUGCUUAGAUGCUUAGAUGAUUCAAAGCUUCCCCUCUGAUGGAUGAGUGGCUUUGAUGCACUGAUGCCAUCAGAAGUCAAUGUAUACAGUUGUGACAAGACGAUUUUCACAAAGGCAUGACGCAAAAACGCUUCUUGGCCCAUGACGAAUGACGCGCCCAGUUCAUUGUACAUGUAAAUCAAAGAUGUUGGACCCCUUUGAAAUCAUUCACUGUUGUAUUUCAUUUUCUCGUACUGAAUAUGAUGGUACUAAUCGUUUUCUAUGGCCAAAUGGGUAAUGCAGAAUGUUUCGCGUAUUUGGCUGGUAUGACUCAAAACAGGGACAGUUAAUCUUUUUGAAAGCGAAAAACGUCUACAUGAAGCUGGUUGAUCCGUUCGACAGGGGGAACAACAAUUUUUUUGGUGCAAGAGAAAGCUGCAUGGAAGUUUCAUAGAUUGGAAUCGCACAACAAAAUUUAUUUGUGAACAACAUUUUGGACUUUUCGAGAUUACGGUUUAGCUCAUGAAUUUUCGCUUAUUAUCAGGACCUGAAGGAUUAUGCACGUCAAGCUGGUGAGGUGACAUACGGAGAUGCCCACAAGCAAAGGCAGGGUGAAGGGUAAGUUCUUUUCUGAAUGCAGCUAUACUCUUGCAGAGGUUUGGUUAGAAGCAUGUAGAUGACGAUUAUAGUAUGUACUCAUCAACUGUUGUUGAAGAGAAACAGCGAGAGGAGCACAUUGUAAUAAUACAGUCGGGAAAGGUUGCCUGAUAAUAGCCGACCAUGAUCGAGUGCGUAACUGGUUUGUCUUUUAUUUAGUACCCUAGAGUUUGCAACCAAGAGAGACAUGAAAAAUGCGUUGAGGAAACUGGACGGAACUGAACUGCAUGGAAAAAAAAUAAGGCUGAUAGACGUAAGUAACGAUAUCAGAAAUCUCUUCUUGUAAUACACUGCAGGAGCUUGAAGAUGGGCAUUCUUGGUGAUACAUGUAUUUGACUGUAAUGUCCACUGCUUAUCUUUGUUUUCAUAUUUUCUUCAAUUCACAGGAAAGCCCGCGUUCGCGAUCUCGUUCCCGAUCACGAUCCAGAAGCAGAUCUAGAUCCAGGUCUCGCUCUCAUUCACGCUCGCGUCGCCAGAAUUCACGUUCACGUACCAGGUCACGGUCUCACUCACCAAGACGCAAGAGAUCUCGCUCUAAGUCUCGCUCCAAAUCACGCUCUAAGUCUCGCUCAAAGUCACCUAGGCACUCGAGAUCUAGAUCAAAGUCGCAUUCAAAGUCUCGCUCUCGUUCUCGGUCGCGAUCCCCUCAGAAGUCUAGAUCACGUUCUCGUUCUGCCUCUCGGACGCCGAGAAAUGACAAAGCCGGAUCAGCCGAGCCUGGAGCUGAUGAGAACCAGAAUCAUAAUCCUGCUGAUGGUGACGCUGAGCCCCAGUAAAACCAGGAUCUUUUACUCCUAAGUGAACUCUGUACGUGGUGCUGAAUCUCUGUAGAUUUUAACUUGAGUUUUUCGCGCAUAUCAUUAGUGAUAAGUGAGCAUACAAUAUGUAUUUAUGUACUAAUUUAUGUAAACGUAUUUAGAGAUUUGACUUGAUUUGGUUUCUUGCCAGAUUUUAAGCAUAAUUGAACGUACAUGUUAUUUUUAAGCCAUACAAAUGUAACCUCUGUUUUGUGGGAACCAUUAAAAUAUUUUUUUUCUGUCGC